UUCUUUAGUUGUUAACUUGUCAUUUAAAUGUCGUUUUCUGGGGAUUCCGGUAUUCAUUAAGCGCAUGCGUACAACCCGUCAGUGCUGUCAAAAUGUUAGGGUGGUAACGGGAUCCAUCUCGGAGUAUACUAUCUUUGUCUAGCUAAACAGCUGGGUGGACCAGCGACGAAAUUUUGCUUCAAUGACAUUUUCCUUAGUGAUGGCAGUUGGAGUGUGAGACCAACCUGAUUUAGUAGCAGGGUUUUAUCUUCACAGCUGUGCCAUGGAUUUCAAUGUAAAGCGGUUCGCCGCAGACGCCGGUACUUUUCUGAGCCGUGCGGUACAAUUUACAGAGGAGAAGCUCGGCCAGGCUGAGAAGACUGAGCUGGACGCUCACCUGGAGAACCUGCUGGUCAGAGCUGAGAACACCAAGCAGUGGACAGAAAAGAUCAUGAAGCAGACAGAAGUCCUCCUCCAGCCCAACCCAAAUGUCCGGCUGGAGGAGUUUGUGUACGAGAAGCUGGAGAAAAAAGCCCCCACGCGAAUGAACAACCACGAGUUGCUGGGACAGUCCAUGAUCGAGUCAGGAAGUGAAUUCGGCCCUGGAACGGCGUACGGAAACGCCCUGAUAAAAUGCGGCGAGACGCAGAAGCAGAUUGGCGGGGCCGAGCGCGAGUUCAUCCAGAGUGCCGCCAUCAACUUCCUCACACCUUUUCGAAAUUUUCUGGAAGGGGAUUUUAAAACCAUCCUGAAAGAGCGGAAGCUGCUGCAGGUGAAACGUCUGGACCUGGAUGCAGCAAAAACCCGACUAAAGAAAGCCAGGAUGAGCGACGCCAGAGCUGCUGCGGAGCAGGAGCUCAGGAUGACGCAGAGCGAGUUCGAUCGGCAGGCGGAGAUCACACGUCUGCUGCUAGAGGGCGUCAGCAGCACCCAUGCACACCACCUCCGCUGCCUGAACGACCUGGUAGAGGCCCAAACCACCUAUUACGCUCAGUGCUACCAGUACAUGGUGGAUCUGCAGAAGCAGCUGGGCAGCUUCCCCUCGACGUUUUCCAACAACAACCAGGUGUCGGGCGGCGCCAGCAUCUCCGUGCCCACCAUCCCGGUGUCGGCCUCCCUGCCCAGCGUGUCGGCGGGCCAGAGCAGCCUGAGUGCGUCGGCCGGCUUCAGCGGCAGCCGCAAAGCCCGGGUCCUCUACGACUACGACGCCGCCAGCAGCAGCGAGCUCUCCCUGCUGGCCGACGAGGUGAUCACGGUCAGCAGCGUCUUCGGCAUGGAUUCAGACUGGCUGAUGGGAGAGCGCGGGAGCCAGAAGGGCAAAGUACCCAUCACCUACCUGGAGCUGCUGAACUGAGGCGCACAGGCCCCUCCCCUGUUUAUGCCCUGCAGCAGGGACAGCGCCCCCCCCCCCCCCCCCCCCCCCCCCGACUCCCACAUACUUCUUUUAGAAUUCAUCGCCCUCGACAGCGCCAACAAAGUGGCGGGACCGCAGACGGACACCCUCGCCCAUGCAAUUUUUUGCAGUGCCUUUUUCUAAAACCACGUGUUUGAUGCAAUUCCAGCUGAAAUAUCUGCCAGCUUUAGUUGUUGGUUUUUUUUAAAGCAGUGUUUGUUUACAAGGCAUACCUGAUGGUGACCUAAAUGCAUUUUUUCCCCCCUUAAGUAUAUAAAAAAGAAGCACUUCAAGCUGAAACUGGUGAGAUUUUGUCUUAUUUUACGGCGCGGCGUCCGUUUUGACGGCGUAUCUGAGCUGACGGUGGUCUCGACUGAACCCUUCAGUAUUUUUAAAUCACUGGAAACCAACUCCUCCGCCUUUUUACUUAAGAAAACCGCCGCCCUCUGUAACUCCAUGUAUGUAAUGUAUCCCUGCAAAACUGCACACAGUAUUUAUUUCUUCUCGAUUUGCCAUUUACCCCUAAAUACUCUCAAAUUUCCAAUAUUUACCAGUUUAUUACUAACAUGCCGCUUUACUCUGAAUGUGUAUGGAUAAACUUUUUUUUUUAAACUAUUUUGUGGGAACUUUAUUAUUAGUGCUUAUGUCUUGUGUGUAACUGAUGCAACAGCUCAGCUGUGAAAUAAAAAUCUGUACAAAAGUG